CCUGCCCCUGAUCCCACCCCUGAUCCCAUCCCCACAGGAAUUCGUGCUGAGCAUCCAGGAGCUGCCCCGGAUCAUCCGUUUCCUGCCCAAGAUCAUCCUGGCCCUCAUUGUCACCGCCUGUGACGAGCUGUACAAGAAGGUGGCCUACUGGCUCAACGACAUGGAGAACUACCGGCUGCAGAGCGCCUAUGAGAAACACCUCAUCAUCAAAAUCGUCCUGUUUCAGUUUGUAAAUUCCUACCUGAGUCUUUUCUACAUCGGUUUCUACCUCAAAGACAUGGAACGGCUGAAGGAGCUCCUGCUCAUCUUCUCUCUCUCCCAAAGCCUCGUGCGGCAGCUCAAAGAGGCUCUUCUCCCCUUCAUCCUCCUCCACCUCCACCUCUCUCUCAUCUUCCUUAAGGGCCUCCUGAGCUUUUGCUGGAGACUGGGAGUAUCCAAAGUAGGAGCGGGGAGGGAGGGGCGGGGCAUCCCCCUGGCAUCCCACCCCGGGACCCUCCCCCGCCCCCGGGAGGGACACCGGUGUCCCCAUCCCCGGCUGUGCCGCAGCUGGCGGUGGCACUGCCGAGGUCCCGUCCCAUCCGUUGUCACCGACGGGGCGGUCGCAGGAGAGGGGACACCGG